CACCUUUGAAGCCUUCACCUAGCCCCGCUGUGGCAGCGGCUCAUGGCUGGCUUUUGCUGCGUGCGAUUGCGCCGCAACCUCCAUGGCUGGCAGGGCUCCACUGGCGAGGCAGCCUUCUUGAGUGAGGCCUUGUGAUGGCCUCUUCAUAUGCAGCCGAGGCAUUGGCCUGGAAAGCCUUGGCCUUCUUCUGCACUGCUCUGCGAUUGCUGGUCCGGAUGGUCGCUAGUGCCCGACCGACGUGGCAUGAAGACCCAUGUGCUGCACACGGGCGCAGAAAGCUACGAUUGGAGCCUGCAUGUACCGCAAGCCUGCCAUUGUCCAGGCGGCAGUCUUCGGAUGGCCUCGUCGAUGCGAAGCUGGCAGCGUUCCCGAAGAUGGGCCUGGUAAAAGUCCUUCUCCAUGUACCUGGAGCAGCUGGGGAUUCGCUGGCAAUUGGUGUGAGCACUCUGAGCACCACUUGGUGCACCUUCAUCGCCACCACCUAUGCGCUUUACCACAUAGGCCCUGGGUCCGCUUCCUUGGACGCCUUCUUCGCCUUCUUGAUGCUUUGCGCUGCUGGCCGCUUUCUUGUCCUGCAGCCGAGAGGGUGAAGC